CGCGUGCGCGUGUGCGCGUGUCCAGUGACGGCUGCAGAGGGAGUGAGCAGCGGCGACAUCUUGGAUUCAUGAUUGAACGGUGACCGCAGCCUAAAACACCGAAUACUAUCGAUUACACGGAGCCUCGGUCAGAAGCGGACAUAGCUGUCUCUGCUGAGCCGGACCCGUCCGGAGGACACCGAGUGACUGACACACAGAGUUUUCUAGCAUGGCCCGUGGACACUGAGAAGAACUGCACCAUGAUCGGAGGACUCUUCAUCUACAACCACAAGGGCGAGGUGCUGAUCUCGCGUGUCUACCGGGAUGACAUCGGGAGGAAUGCAGUGGAUGCGUUCCGUGUGAACGUGAUCCACGCUCGCCAGCAGGUGCGCUCACCCGUCACUAACAUCGCCCGCACCAGCUUCUUCCACGUCAAGCGCUCCAACAUCUGGCUGGCUGCCGUUACCAAGCAGAAUGUCAACGCUGCCAUGGUGUUUGAGUUCCUCUAUAAGAUGUGUGACGUCAUGGCGGCCUAUUUCGGCAAGAUCAGCGAGGAGAACAUCAAGAACAACUUUGUGUUGAUCUACGAGCUUCUAGAUGAGAUCCUGGAUUUUGGGUACCCCCAGAACUCUGAGACCGGAGCCUUGAAGACCUUCAUUACUCAACAGGGUAUCAAGAGCCAGCAUCAUACGAAAGAGGAGCAGUCUCAGAUUACCAGUCAGGUCACCGGACAGAUCGGCUGGAGACGGGAGGGAAUCAAAUAUCGCCGCAACGAACUCUUCCUGGAUGUACUGGAAAGUGUGAACUUGCUGAUGUCACCGCAGGGUCAGGUGUUGAGUGCACAUGUCUCAGGGCGUGUGGUGAUGAAGAGCUACCUGAGCGGAAUGCCAGAGUGCAAGUUCGGCAUGAACGACAAGAUUGUCAUCGACAAGCAGGGCAAAGGUGGCACGACUGAUGACUCGGGCAAAAGUGGGAAACAGUCCAUUGCGAUCGAUGACUGCACGUUCCAUCAGUGUGUCCGUCUCAGCAAGUUUGACUCGGAGCGCAGUAUUAGCUUCAUCCCCCCCGAUGGAGACUAUGAGCUCAUGAGGUACCGUACCACUAAAGACAUCAUCCUCCCCUUCCGUGUCAUCCCAUUGGUCCGAGAGGUGGGCCGCACCAAGCUGGAGGUGAAGGUGGUGAUCAAGUCCAACUUCAAGCCCUCCCUGCUGGCACAGAAGAUAGAGGUGCGCAUUCCUACUCCACUCAACACCAGUGGGGUUCAGGUCAUCUGUAUGAAGGGGAAAGCCAAGUACAAAGCCAGUGAGAACGCCAUUGUUUGGAAGAUCAAGCGAAUGGCUGGUAUGAAGGAAUCUCAGAUCAGCGCUGAGAUUGAGCUGCUACCAACUAAUGACAAAAAGAAGUGGGCUCGCCCACCCAUCUCCAUGAACUUUGAGGUACCUUUUGCUCCAUCAGGACUGAAAGUGCGUUACCUGAAGGUCUUCGAGCCGAAGCUCAACUACAGCGAUCACGAUGUCAUCAAAUGGGUGCGUUACAUCGGUCGCAGUGGCAUCUAUGAGACCCGCUGCUAACAGCAGCCCUCCUGUGAGAAGAGGGGAGGGACGCAGAUGGAUAAAUGGGCAGAAUUAACAGAGGAUUAUUCAUUGUUUCACUCUCCUCUCCCUUCCUCAACUUUUUAUACUGGGCUCUGUUCACACUAAAAACAUCAACACAAGGAAACCCAAAAAGAACAUCCGAAACCUCAUGAAUUAAAACAAAUGUGCCCUUUAAAAUAAAAUGCAUAGUUUAUCUGCAACUAUAAAAAAUAUUUUUAUCCAGAAUUUCACUUGCUAUGAGAUGUAAACCCCCUCUCGUUUCUCCUUUCUAAUUCUUCCACAACAUGCAUUCCAGACCCCCAGUCCCCAUUGAAUCCCAGCUAAUUUGGUGCCCAGGCCCCCUUUUCAACCCAGUGAUUAGCGCUGAACCUGUGUUCCUGCACGCAGGCAGUAUAUGUGUGGUCAUGUCCUGCUCCUAAGUCUAAGUCUAUCUGCUAACCUGGACCCUAAAAACAGAUCUUCAUUUUUGUAGUGCUCCCUCCUAAGAGUAUUAGUUUGGUAUUGUCCACAUUCUUGUUCUCUGUGAAUUAGUGUAAACGUUAAGCAGAUGGCCCCACGGUGUUCUUGAGCGUAACUUUUCAUUGAAAAGUUGUUUUAUGUACACUGAUGUAACCAUUUGGGUUUGUAAUUUUUUGUUGUUGUCUCAGUAUAAAAUAAUUUCUUAAUGUGACGACAAUGAGGUUCGAGGACGUUUGAAUUAAAGCAACAAAUUAUACUUAUGCUUAGUCCAGCUGUGUUUGUGUGUAUAUGCUACACUGUAACAAAACCACCAAGCUGAUUGAAUUACAGCUUUCAUUUGGUGUCAUAUAGUGAAUGGUGCGUAUGUGUGUGAGUUAGGGGUCCCCAACAUCUCUCAGGGACUUUUCAUUUGUUCGCUUAACCGUCUUUUCAUGUCACACUAACUUUCAUCACUUUGUUUACUUGACUGAAGUUUACCGGUGGAGUUUGAGUGCACUGAGUCUGUCUUUGCAUUAGUGAAUUCUCUCCCUGCAUUUCAACACGUCUCCUGGGAUUAGUUUAAAGGCAAAUGCAAUUUUAAAAUGAAUUUCAGUAAAUACAUGAGUGAGGGGCUAGAAUAUUAGGGAGUCACAUUUCUAACCUCCUUCUUUAGUCCUGAUCUAAUGCAGGAGAUUUUGGAUAUUUCAAAACAUUGAAGCCAUGUCUGCUUUUAAGGUCUUGAACACCAUGCUCGGUCCUAUAAUGUGCGCACAAACUCUCCAGUCGGUGUCCUUGGCGGAAGGUGCAGGAGGAUUUAUCUUGAUGCGAAAGCAUUUUGGUUGAACAGCACAGAGACUACAGCAGUUUAGUGAUGAGCUCACUGUCAACUACUACACUAGUGCUAUCUACGUUAUGUUUCAUAUAGGGAUGCACGAUAUUUCAGCCUCCAUAUUGGUAUCAGCCGAUAAAUGCUCAAUUUUCUGUUAUCGGUAUCGGCCCGAUAAGAAAGUUUGGCCGAUAUCUUAAAGGCGAUAAAUAAUGCAUUAUAUCCUUCAGAAACACUUGACUUGAGAUGACUUGUUUGCAUUAUUUAUGCAUUAUUUUAUUUAUUUGUAAGACUUUUUAUGAAAUUUGGUAAUGGGAGAGUUAAGCUAUUUUUAAAAUUUACACUGUUCAAACUAGGCUGCUUAUGUUGAAGUGUUUGGGAUGUGGCUUUAAAUUAUGAUCUUUUUUAUAAUCAGGCUCUCAAAAAGUAUAUAUAAAUUUGGAUAUGGAUUUAUCGGCCAACAAAUCGGUUAUCAGCUUUCAAAUAAAAAUAAAAUAUCGGUUAUCGGUAUCGGCCAAAAUGUUUUAUAUCGGUGCAUCCCUAGUUUCAGACAACACUACUAACUCGACCCUGCAGAUUUAAGUGUGCCACUUCUUAAACGCUUGUGUUGUAACACUCACACCGUCUGACCUCAGUGUGUUUAAGCUCUGAGAGAUGAUGAGGCUCCUUUUGCAGUGUAUUGUCUUCAUUUGGUAACUUUGUAACUGUCAUCUUAAUCCUAAUAAAAUGUGUAAUCUGUUAUUGUUAA